AUGCUUAUUCGUUUUUGUUUUUUAUUACUUUUAUAUGACUUAUUAUCAGACAAAAUUGAUGGUCUAAUAUCAGCACAAUCAUGUGCUGAUAUUAUACGUCCAAGUCAAAAUUAUACACCUGCUGAUCCAACAUUAAAAAUUGGUACUAUAUCAACAUCUAGUUAUCAAGAAUGUGGAAAACGUUGUCGGGUAACAACAUUAUGUCGUACGGCUGUUUGGUGUCAAGGACAAUGUACAAUGUAUCAAGAAUAUAUUGCAUUUGGAAUACGUUUACCUAAUCUUAAUUGUAUGCUUAUUACAUUGUCCGGUAUUGCAUUCAAUGAAAUAGAACCAGUAGUAACCAUUGCUAAGAAUGUUAUUUACGAAGCAUCACAAUCAAAAUAUUAUGAACAAACAUACAUGGUUAACUCACUUGAUGAAUGUAUUCAAUUAUGUCGUCUCGAUUCUCAUUGUUUAACAGCAUCGUAUCAAUCAAGUACAAAUAAUUGUUCUUUAUUUGCUGAAUAUGUAUCACAAGGUCGUAAUUAUACCGAUUUUGAUUGGACAACAAUUGUUUUAGAUACAUGUGCUGGUCGAGAUCCACGUAUAUAUCCAUGUUUAAUUGAUGCAACACAAGCUCAUAGAAAAUUAUGUGAUUUAUUCUGGGAGAUUCAACCAAUUAAACUUGAUCCACAAAAAAUGUUCUAUGAACCUAAUGGUUAUACAGGUUGGUUAACAAAAUCAUCGGUUUAUUGGCCAAUGACAAUUAAUGGUGAAGGUGUAAUAUUACGUGCAUCAUAUGACAUAAAAAUAGUUGAUCCAGUAUUGAUUGAAUAUGAACUUGAAACAAUAAAUGAAAAAUAUUUUCAUAUUAAUAUUGAUGAACAUACACAAAUACCUAUUGCUUAUGUUGUUACGAAAUCAUUAAUAGAUAAUAAAAUUUAUCGAAUUCAUUUAAAAGAACAAAAAAUAACUGCAAAUAAUUUUCUUAAUAAUUUUCUAUUAGAACAACGUUGUCAAUGGUGUUAUUUUGCAACAGAUGGAUCUAAUAAUAUAUUUGUAUCUAUGGAUAAUAGUGAUUCAAUUGAACAAUAUGAUAAUAAUGGUAAAAAAGUGAAUUCAAUUUAUUUAUCAUCACCAACAGGUAUUAUUAUUCGUAAUCAUAAUAUAUGGAUAGUUAAUAAUUCACAAUUAAUUAUACUUGAUCGACAUUUAUUAUUGGAUCAAACAUAUACUUAUCGUAUUAAAAAUCAAUUUGAUCUUACUUCAUUCUAUAAUUUACCAAUAACAAAUCCUUUAAUUUUUUCUCAUGUUUUAACAUUUGUACCAUUUCAUCUGGAUGUUGAUAAUUAUGGACGUAUAUAUGUAACCGGUGCAUUAUUAGAUAUCUUGUCUGAUAAUAAUCGUUAUUCACCAGGCAAUAAUCCACAACUUUAUAUACUUACUGAUAGUGAACAAGAAAUACCAUCAUCAAUUUGUGCUGGACCAUGGGGAAUGUUUGGUGUAAAUGUUUAUCAUUCUAAACUUAAACUACGUAUGCUUACAUCGACAAAUGAUUUUAUCUUUCAUUUGUAUUCAAGUCCUUAA